AUGAAUCCCGAUUAUUCCGGCUGGUCGUCAUCUGCUACGACGAGCAACUAUCCAUCGCCUGGUCGUCGAGAGCAUGCAGCGCAGCCGCUGUCGCUCAUGACUGCGUUGAAUGCUGCGCAAUUUCAACACGCAUCAACUCCUCUGUCGUCCACGUCUCUCUCGAGUCCAUUUACGCACGGCGUAUCCCCAGCUGUUGCAUCGCCGCACAACGCCAGGUCGGCGUCGUCUUCCUCCAUGGCGGCGAGGCAGUUCAGUAUGCCAUACAACCCGCAAGACUGGGGCCCUGUCGGCGGACACAGCUCCCAACCAGGGUAUGCGCAGCAACCUACCUUGCAUCAUGCCGCACAGCAGCAGCGAGUUCAGACGGAAUCAUCAUUAUCCCCACCACCACCGCCCUAUUCACCUCCUCACAACCAUAGCUCCGGACACGGAGAGUCCUAUGCUCAUGCCAGCCCAAGUGCUCCGGCAGUAUCUCACGCGACCGUAACGCCCCCGCAUCAGUCACACGCGACGGCGGGAUAUGAUCAUGCUGCGGAUUUCAAUCAACGGCCCGCUCCUCGCCCACGCCCAAUAUCGAUGGUCUAUGGCAACGAUGUAGAUAUUCACCGACAGUCGCUGCCUCCUCCACCACCUCCUCCAGGAUCAAGAUCUAUGUCUCAGUCUCGAAUCAGCACAUAUCAGGGUUCUCCAUACAACGCACCAUCUAGCUCGCAACCUCGAGCGAUAUCAGUCUCAUAUGAGCAAACUCACUCAUCGCCUGCGCCACAAAACCAUGGGCUAGGGUUGACUCCAGCUCAGUUAGAGUCGCCAUCGAGGCCUCCAGCAUCCCGGCGGGCGGCCUCUGCAGGUGCUGUUGUUAGCAACACAAGCUACCCAAGACCGCCAAAUCUUUCCAGGGGCACCUCACCGGCAAGUAGCUGGGGACCUGGCAUGCCGCUGCCACCACCACCUCCGGGUCCACCCCCGGUUGCGGGCUCAGCCAGUGUUAGCGGAUCGUCAGAAUCGUCCUCGGCUCGAACGGUACAGGGUGCCGGCCGAAAUCGUGCGCGACCACCGCCAUUGAUGGGCACCGGGCUGGGUAGCAUUCCGCCGACACCAGCAGAUUGGGUUGACGAAGAGUAUAUGAAUCACCGGCCCACCAGCGAUCGAGAACCGCUUCAUAUUGAUACCGUGAAGGCGAUGAAGGCAGCGGAUACGGGUGAUCUAUUGGACUCGAAUGGGCAAAUCCAACAGUCUCAACGAACCCCUGGAAGUGGCGGCAGCGGUCUCUUCCGCAGCGCAGCAAUUCGUGAUCCCAGUGCAAAAGGCAUUCGUGAGAGGAGGAUUGAGCGACGCAAUCGUCAGAGUCAGCACUUUGAAGACAUGAGUGCGGUGUCGGCCACGAGUCCGACCCCCUGGGCAGAUGCGCUGGAUCAACUUGUGCCGUCAAACUUGGUGCUUCCCGAGGCAAAAAACCAGCCCGAACAUUCACGCCAGCCAUCUACUUCCAGGUUCACACCGCGGAGUACAAGGAGCAUAGGUUCAGAUAGCCAGCCUGCACCUUCGAGGUCAAGGGCGUCAUCUGGUGGUCUAUUCUCCGAUAGGUCUUCCUCAUACUCGUCGCCCAAACCAGACUCAGGCACCGCUGGCCAGGCCACCAGCUUUGCUCCAACGCCGCCGUUCUCUCCUGGGGGAGGUCCAUCUUCUCGUAACAGUCAAAGAGAAGCUCAACUUGUACCACCCAAGGCGCUUCCCACACCACCCCUCAAUUCUGGCAAAGAGCCACAGUCACGCUCUCGUGCAGCAUCCAGGGGCCCAGAGGAUCGUCCGAUUUCCCAUCUACUACAUCUUCCGAAUGACCGGAUCCCCGGAAUUGCACCACUCUCACCGAAUCGAUUUUCUGUCCAGCAGGAAGCCCCAGGGGCCUCCCCUGAGUCGAUCAUCAAACAAGACGCAGAAUUUGUCCAAAGUACAAUUCAGAGACAUCUCAAAUUCAUCGAGGAAGAAGCCGCCGCAGUGGAUGAGGCUGAUGCUUUGAGAAUAUUCAAUAAUUUUAUCAUUGCCGAAUCUCAAAUUCGCCGACAACGGUAUGCUGCAGUGUUUGACGCUGCCUCUGCGCAGGUUACAGAAGUCCGUUCCAAGCUUUUUGAGAUGCCAACUGCGACCAUUCAGCCCGAUGCACUAUCAACGAAGCCAGCAAAGCCGACACCCACGUUAGAAAUACCCUCAAAUAGACCGAUCCGUCCUGAAUCGGCUUGGUGGAAUAACUAUCAGCCUUGUUUGUCACCAAUUGCCAGUCUCGGCAUGAGCAACGAUGAAAUGAGCUCCCGUGGCAGGGCCCCUAGUCGAUGGUGGGAAUCAAAAACUGGUUCCAGCAGCGACGGCGUUGCGCGAAGAAUACAGCGAUCUAAGCGAGAGUCCAAAUAUAUGGGCCUAGCAAAGGACAGCCUGCAAUGGGACCAGGAGCGGACACCUUCGAGACUUGACGAUACCGAGGCCAAUUACUCAGGGCAGCAGGUGCCAUAUGGCCCUGACGAGUACCCACCCGAGAAGUCCGGCUGGUCCGACGAGACUGGUGGCUUUCCGGGGCCUGGCAGGAAUGAGCGAGCUCAGUAUACGACAAGCUACAAGUUAGAUAUAUCUCGAUUGGUCACUCUUCCACCUCCGUAUCCACGCCACUAUCCCGCAGUCAACAACAGCCACCCCGAUCUCGUCUCAUACCGGACGAUCGUCCGCUCCAUCACCGAUUUGACUGAGAUCAAGGCCACUCGAGAGCGGUAUACCUCGGAUGUUGAGAGAAUGAUCCAAGAACACCAGAGUCAGGUGGCGGAAGGGCGUUCUCAGUUCAAGGCCAAUAUUCAAAACCAAAUCCAAGAGGGCAGCAUCAGCUUUGCCGAGGCAGCUGAGGCGGAAGCUGCCAUGUUGUCAGAUCAGAACCAACGGGAACGGGACUUGGCUAAGCGACAGCUCGACAUCUAUCAAGAUACCGUGCUAAAUCCUAUGAAUGGUAUCAUUACCGAUAGGAUCAGCAGAGCAACCAACUGUAUUGACGAGCUAAGUAACCGCUUGUUCGACGAUGCUCAACGUGAAACACCCGAUCAGACACAGGAGGAAGGCGAUGAGAACCCCGAGUUGCUCGAAAAGUUGACUCAACUCAAAUGGCUAUUCGAGGCGCGUGAACAGCUCCAUCGAGAGGCAUUUGAGCUUGUCAGAGCUCGUGACGAAAAGUACAAGUCGGUCGCCAUUCUGCCGUAUCAGCAAGGGAAAAAUGAAGAAAAGAUUCGAGAAACUCUAGCAUUCUUUGCAAAAGAUGCCAUGGAUCGACGCAUCCAGUACGAGACAUCAGCACUCGGUAGACUUGAAUCAUUCCUGGAUGUCAUUGAACAAAACGUCAUCCGAGGGGUAGAAAUUCAGCUCUCGGCAUUCUGGGACAUUGCGCCGUCCUUGCUAGCGCUUGUUCAACAGGUUCCCGAAAAUCUGCGUGGAUUCCAAGUCCAGAUCCCCGCUGAGGAAUACAUUGAGAACCCGAGCUAUCACAAGCAUCCUCUGCAAUACCUUUAUUCGCUGUUGUCGCAUGCCGAGAGGUCCAGCUACCAGUACAUUGAAUCCCAGACCAAUCUCUUGUGCCUUCUUCAUGAAGUGCGAUCAGCCGUGAUGCGCGCCAGUCGCAACCUCGCCGAGGCCGAGCUCAUCUGGCAAGGCAAGCCCGAGGACGCCGUUAGAGAGCAGAUGCAGCUCGCAAGGGCCGACGAGGAAGUCACGCUCACCGCGGACCUUAAGGAGAAAGUUGCAACCGUGGAGGGACAAUGGACGGAGGCUCUGGGGAGCCAGAUCCAGGGUCUACGCGAACGGGUCAAGAAUCAGCUGUUGGCUGAAGAUGCGUGGGAGGACCUGGAACAACUGGAACAAGAAUAA